CCAGUCAUAUUUCCAUCGCGACAAGUAUCCACUCUGGCUCUUGAAACAAUAUAAUUUCUCUUUUAUGUUUUUCCACCAUUCAGUUUUUCCUUUUCUUGACAUGAAAAUUAUCAUUCGAAUCGAACUAUUCUAGUAAAGAAACAUUAAAAAAAAAGUUUUUUUAUUUCCAUUUUGCCAAAAACAAAACAUUUUUCCAGCAUCAGUUCCAUCGAUAAUCGUGAAAAUGUGUGAAAAUUUCUGUGGAAAUGUGAAUUGUGAGAGAAACACACGAAAGAAGUAAUAGAAGCGCCACCAAAAAUAUAUUUCGUUUCUCAAUGAGUUUCAACCCAGAAACAGACUUAAGAAAUUUUUAGAUAUAUUUCUCUUGUUGUGGGCUUGGGUAUCAGCAGACACUUUGUGCGUUCGCAUUGUUUGUAUGUUUGGUGUGGUUUUUCCUUCCAGAAAGUAAGCAAAAGAAAGGUGAUUGUGUACAAGUGUUGUUCGAACAUAUAUAUCUACAUAUACGCGACGAACGGGGGAAGAAAAUAAUCAAUUUUUAUGUGUUUCGAAAAACAUUAUUAUGGCGCUCGAAUGCUAUUAAAUCGUUGUAAAUCAUUUAUUAUUAAAAAAAAAAUCCCCGAAACAUAUUCCACUUUUCAACAUAUCGGAGAGAGUUUAAUGUGAAUGUGACACAAGUUACCAAUUAAUUUUUGGUUUCGAUGGCUGCCAACCACAUAGCUCAGGUUAUAGCCUUCAUCUGUGGCGUCAUUGUUAUCAUACUAAUGGUGCUGGCUUUAGCUUCCACCGACUGGUUAAUGGCAGCUGGAUUUCGAGAAGGACUGUUCCUUCAUUGUAUCGAAAACGAUGCCAUUCCACCACUUCCAUUUGGUUUAGGCGGGCUACCCGGUUGCUACGCAAGUAGAGAUGUUUUUUAUAUUCAAGCCACAGCCGCAUUGUGUAUUAUAAGUUUAAUAACGGAUGCAAUAGCCACACUUCUGACUGGUCUAGGAUUGCGAUCGCAAAAUCACAAUGUGAAGUAUCGGUUUUAUAGAUAUGCAGUUUUAGUAAUGCUGCUCGCAUUAAUUUCCGUUCUAGUUGCGUUGAUUCUGUACCCCGUUUGCUUUGCAGCCGAACUUAAUUUAGGCAAUCGUCCUACGUGGGAAUUCGGCUGGGCCUACGGCGUCGGCUGGGGUUCAGCAAUAUUCCUAUUCGGUGCUGUUGUGCUCUUGCUGUGCGACAAAGAAUCGGAAGAGAUCUACUACAAAGAACGGAAAAUCGUGCACGACACACAAAUGCGAGCCUAGGCCAGGUCGCACGCCCUGCCAGAUGUCGUUCUCUAGACUAUUUUUUACAAUAAAAAGAAAAAAAUAAACAAAAAAGAAAAACUCAAAACACAAAAUUAUGAAGAAAAAAAAAUCAAAUUAAUUUAAACAAAAAACAAAAACCUCCGUCAAUAUUAACAGAAAUUAAAACCAACAAAAAAUGGAAAAAUACGAAUACAAAAAACCAAAAAAACCAAAUCAGAGAACAACAGAAAGAAACAUUAAUUACAAACAUUCAAUUCUGAACCAAAAUGUAAUGGAAUCGAAACUCAUAUUUUCAAUUCGAAGACUUAUUUUAGGACGUAGUUGCAUUUUUGAUUUUAUAAAUUAAUUUUAUAUUUCUCACCAUACUUAUUGAAAUUAAGAAUUUGAUUUAAAUUAUGUUCUUCAAUCAUAUACACUUUUUAGUAAUUAAAAAUCUUACUAGACAUUUACACUGCUCGCACAAAUGAUUUUUUUUACGUUAUCACUUGAAUUCAGCAACAAUUUUUUUAUGUUUUUGUUCAAAAUUCCCCUCCCUUCCGAUCUAAAUAUUCGAUUGUGAUUCUUUUGAAAUUUAAUUGGCUUAAUGCGACCAAGUGAAAACUAGGCAAUGAUGCCAAAACAUAAAAUAUAAUAUGUCUGCUGUGGACACAUUUGAACGUUAACCUUUACAUUUUAUACAUCACAGAUGAAAUGAAAAGCAGAGCUUUGAAAUAAUUUUGCAUUAUGGUCCCCGCAAUGUUAAGAUUGAUAGCACUUUAUCGAUGAUUUUAACAUUCAAUUUAAUACCAUAACAUAAACAGACAAUUGGAUUCGAUUGACGAAGCA